UCUGCUCUGCUCUGCCGUGUCGCGUAUAAAACUGCAGCACCCCCGUCCAUCGGGCUGCUCUUCAUUUUAAUUUCCUCUCUCUCUCUCUCUCUCUCUCUCUCUCUCUCUCGCUCUCCAUCUGAUGCUUUUGCUUUUGACGAGUUUGCUUCCGAGAGCAGAGAAUUGAUGAGUAGUAGGAAGCGUUCGUUGGAGGAGGCUAUAUAGAAGUAAAUGAAAGACCCACAUUGGGGGCAGACACGCCACCAUCUCCAGUCUCCCGUUAGCUACCGUUAUUAACCCCCCCCCCCCCCCCCCCCUUUGUUAUUAUUAGCAUUUGAAAGAAGAGAACCCACGCGCUCCUCCCACCCUUAGUCCCACCAUCCACAAACUCUCCCUUCUUCUUCCACCUCUCCCUUUCUGCCUUUUCCCCUCUUCUUCUUCUUCUUCUGCUUCUUCUUCUUGUUUAUAUUUAUGCAGAGAUCGAUUCACAAGUGAAAAAUGCAUUCAGAGUAACGGUAGCUACAUAGCUUUGCUUUCUUUCUCAUCUUCUUCUCCAGGAGUCGCAGCUGGAAGCAAUUGGUUAGCAGAGAUAUCUAUAUAUUGACACACAUACACAUACAGAAAAUGAAGUUCGUUUUGGUGACGGGUGGAGUGGUUAGCGGUCUCGGAAAAGGAGUCACUGCCAGUAGCAUUGGACUCAUCCUCAAGGCCUGUGGACUCCGCAUUACUGCCAUCAAGAUAGAUCCUUAUCUGAACACCGAUGCUGGAACAAUGUCCCCUUUUGAGCACGGGGAGGUGUUUGUUCUUGAUGAUGGCGGCGAGGUGGAUCUGGACCUUGGAAACUACGAGAGGUUUUUAGAAAUCCAGUUGACUUGUGAUAAUAACAUCACCACCGGAAAGAUUUACCAGCAUGUUAUUAACAAGGAGCGAAGGGGAGAUUAUUUGGGAAAAACUGUCCAGGUUGUCCCUCACAUCACAGAUGCUAUUCAAGAGUGGAUCGAGCGGGUGGCAAUGAUACCAGUGGAUGGAAGUGGUCAUCCUGCUGAUGUUUGUGUCAUAGAAUUGGGAGGAACCAUAGGGGACAUUGAAUCAAUGCCAUUUAUCGAGGCUCUUGGACAAUUCUCAUACCGUGUAGGUGCUGGAAACUUUUGCUUGAUUCAUGUUAGCCUUGUGCCUGUUAUAAAUGUUGUUGGUGAGCAGAAAACAAAACCAACGCAGCACAGUGUACGGGGACUAAGAGCGCUUGGUUUAAUGCCUAAUAUCUUGGCUUGUCGGAGCACAACGGCACUUGCUGAAAAUGUGAAGGAAAAACUCUCCCGCUUUUGCCAUGUCCCGGAAGAAAAUAUCAUUACUCUUUAUGAUGUUUCCAACAUUUGGCACAUCCCUUCACUUCUAAGGGACCAAAAGGCACAUGAAGCAAUCUUGAAAGCGCUGAAUCUUCAGGGUAUAGCUCAAGAUCCUGCUUUAGAGGAAUGGACAUCCCGGGCUGAACUUUAUGAUCGGUUACAUGAACCUGUAAGAAUUGCCAUGGUUGGUAAAUAUACAGGCCUUUCAGAUUCUUACCUCUCUGUGCUGAAGGCUCUUUUGCAUGCUUCUGUUACUUGCCGCAGGAAACUUUUUGUGAAUUGGGUUCCUUCAAGUGACCUUGAAGAUGUAACUGGACAGGAGAAUCCUGAAAACUAUAAAGCUGCAUGGAAUUUGUUGAAGGGUGCUGAUGCUGUUCUAGUUCCUGGAGGAUUUGGUGACAGAGGGGUGCAAGGGAAAAUUUGUGCAGCAAAGUAUGCUCGAGAAAAUAACAUUCCAUUCCUUGGGAUUUGUCUAGGAAUGCAAAUUGCUGUCAUUGAAUUUGCACGAUCUGUUCUUGGUCUUAACAAUGCAAACAGCACCGAGUUUGAUCCCAACACAAGGAAUCCUUGUGUCAUAUUUAUGCCGGAGGGCUCAAAAACCCAUAUGGGAGGCACUAUGCGUGUUGGGUCAAGGAGGACAUAUUUUAAGGUUAUGGACUGCAAGUCUGCAAAAUUAUAUGGUACAAGCUUUAUAGAUGAGAGGCAUCGGCAUCGAUAUGAGGUGAAUCCUAAUAUGGUAGCACAACUUGAAAAUGCUGGUCUCUCCUUCACUGGCAAAGAUGAGAGUGGUCAACGAAUGGAGAUUGUUGAGCUGCACAAUCAUCCUUUCUUCAUAGGUGUUCAAUUCCACCCUGAAUUUAAGUCGAGGCCAGGAAAACCUUCGCCUCUAUUCUUAGGACUCGUCGCGGCGGCAUGUGGAAAGUUGGAUGCUGUCUUGCACAAAUCUGAGGGCCUGAAGGGGCCGACUGAGAAUGGGGCAGUAGGUAAUGGUACCUCAAUAGAAAGAGUAUGCAACAUCGUGAGUGCAACUAAGCCUCCUAAGGGGUCGUUCAUUAAUGGCAUAUACGGCAAUGGCAACGGUCUGCACUUAUAAGUAGUACUACUGGUUCUUUGCGUUUUCUUUAUUUUUUUGGGAAUUUUGGUGUUGGUGUGUUACUGGGUGGUCUGUACAGCAGUUAUAUAGCUUUCAGGACUUGGGUAUGGUAAUGGAGCUGGAUCCCAGUCUUUUAAACGGGACAGCCUAUUUGUGUUUCUUCUAAAUUGCAGUGAAAAAGGGUCUAGCUAGGAUUUUGUUUUCUUUUUUUUUUUUUGGGUGCGUCGGAAGGAGAGAUGGUUCUUUUGCCGAGUGAGAUUUUAUGUCAUCCAGAUUCAUUGUAAACUUAUCAUGCAGAGGAAAAUAGCUGAUGGCAUCCCCUUCCUGA